AGUGUAUUGGAAGGUGUUGAACUACAGCCACAUACAUAUUUGAAUAUCGAGCUUCACAGAGCUCCACUUGCUACAACAGCACACAAUCAGACUCAAUUCAUGGAAUUUAGCAGUGGGCAGCCGACUCUUCAAAGCUUUGGCUGCUUUCGCGUUUUUCCCCGUGCAUUUCACAUUCUCGGCCGCAACGUGCAUUCCUGCUUAUUCUUCCUUGGAAAUAGUUAUCUUAUCGCCAAUAUUUGCACAAAUAUCAACUACGAAUUAUCAAUCGCUGUUAACUGAAAGUGUUGAGUGACAAUCUGCAGAAAGAAUCAUUCAGCAUAAGCCAGCAUAUUCAUCUUGUAUUGGUGACACAGUGUAUUUGUACGUCCAAAUAAGAAGUCAAGGACCUUUACCUAUUCUUCAUCUUUCUGUGGAUCUCCCUGAGUUUUUUCUCACAAGUGACAUCGAAACCCAUUAGAAUACGACGCGCGAUGAUCAGCAACACGAAAAAUCCCAUGUGCAUGCACAGAAUACAAAAAGAUGAUAAGGAUGACUCCAGCAGUCUUGUGAACUUCGAUCAGGUCCAGAGUCUCCUGAAAUCAUUCAGUUUGCAAGUUGACCUUGCCUUUGCUGAAAUUAACCACGGGAUUCUAGACUAUAUAACUCAUGUGUUCCCUAACACGGAUUCCAUCGAAGAUUUUCACAAGAUUUGGUCUUGGAAAAAAUUGGACUGGCUGCAAGGUGCAAAUGAGAUGCCCAAGGAAUUGUUGGAACCUGUACCUCAAGAUUACCAGGAUAAAAUAUGCUCAAUGGAUUGGACGAAGGCGGAUACGCUCUUGACCAAACUUCUGAUUAUGGAGGACAAGUAUCAUCGACUCGAUAUGGGGCUUGAUAAGAUUAUUGAGCAUUACAAGAAUAAUCCUACAGUUCGGAAUCAAUCAAACGUUAUUACAUUCAUUACGCGGCUGAAGGAUAAAACGUCAAAAAUCAAAUGGUCUCUGUCUUCACUCCUCGAGUCCCUCAACUAUGACAAAGCAACUCUUGAAGCUAGUAACUCCAAUCCAAUGCCUAAAGAUUAUGUGAACAAGGAAACACCAGAUUUGGAACAUUGGGUGAUUCUUCGGGAAAUUAUGAACUAUCUAGAACUUUGCCAGGUGGAAUUGAAGAUCAUUCUUGAAAGCAUACAGAGAUCAGAAAAAAUAUCUCCCUGAAACAUGGCCCAGAAGGGCCCCAUUCUCAAAAAUCGAAAUUCUUGUGACCACUUGAAUGUAAAUCAAAAAAGAUUGUUUUUAUCAUUUUAAAAACAACUUUCGUGUUUGCUCAUACCGAGACACAAAUUAUACAUUUUGCCCAAUAAUAAUCUAUAAUUAAUUUAUUCUAAAAAUUUCCUUUUAAAUUGCGCCUGUUGUGCUCUCUGUUAGACCAACUAUUGUGAAAGUUCAUGUUACAAAUUUUCCACCAAUUGAUCCUGGUAAAUGUCCAUAUAAGGGCAAUAAAAACCGUAAGAUAGAGGUUAAACUGUGAUAGUAAAUAUUUAUUUUAAGAAAUAUAUCUUGAUUUUAUAUAUAAGUUCUUCGUAUAAUUUUUAUAUUUCAUUGAAUAAUUUGUAUUUCAAAAAACAAAAAGAAUUUUAAACACUUUCAACAAUCAGUACUCAAGACAUAUUUAAUUUGUUUCAGCUAAAUUGCACAAAAAAAUAUCUUAAAUAAUACUAUUGUUUGUAGUCAAAUUGUAAAUUUAACAAAAUAAAACGAAUCAGUAUGUAAUGUAAUAUUUUUGUGGCGUAUUGAAGAGAAAUAUUGUUGUUGUGAAAUAUAACGAAAACCAAAGUAAA